GCCGACCAGGAGCGCUGAGUGCCGUCUUGGGCGACGCGCACAGUGCCUGAGCCCCACUGGCCCCGACCACCGCCCACCGCCAUUCGAGCGCCGAUCGGUUCGAGGCGCCGCUUGCUGUGUCUCAGCGCACGUGCCCACCACCACCACUCAACGCCGUCAUGACAUGUCCGCGCGAGCUGUAGACCUCCAUGCCGCUCCCCAUGCCCGGCUCCCCAGCCGCUUCGUGGGCCGUCUACCGCGCGCGUCUGAGGGCUGUCUUCGACGGCGCCGACCCUAGAGUGUGUGCUGCCUUCUGGCUGUUUGGACUCAUCAACAAUGUGCUCUACGUCAUCAUCCUCUCCGCCGCCCUCGAUCUCGUCGGCGCCGACGUUCCCAAAGGCGUCGUCCUCCUCUGCGACGUGAUUCCCUCGUUCCUCACCAAGCUCUGCGCCCCCUACUUCAUCCACAAGAUACCCUACAACGUGCGGAUAUGGGUCUUUGUAGCCUUGUCUGCGAGCGGCAUGCUCAUCAUCGCCGUCACUCCCGCGCUGCAAGACUCGAGGACGAUCGCCAUCAAGAUGUGUGGUGUCAUGCUGGCGAGUUUGAGUAGUGGUGGUGGCGAGCUCAGCUUCCUGGGCCUGACACACUACUACGGCCACUUUGCCCUCGCAGCCUGGGGCUCUGGAACAGGCGGUGCAGGCCUGGUUGGAGCCGGCGCGUACGCCCUGGCGACGAACACGCUGCGCAUUAGCCCCCGCACGAGCUUGCUGUUCUUCUCCUUCCUGCCUUUGAUCAUGCUUGCUAGCUUCUACUUUGUGCUCCCCCACGGGCCGUUGAAAGCUGGAUCGAACAAGAGCCACGACUACGAAGCCAUCGACAGCGACGAUCAGCCAGACGCAGACGAGCCACUGGACCGCGAAAGGGAGCAUGACGGGCUAUUGGCGUCAUCCGUCCACUCUGCAUCCGGGCGAAGCUUCGCCCCGGUCAAAGAGGAUGGCAUCGCUGGAGCUCUGAAGAGCUUCCAGGCCAACCUAAACCGCGCUCGGGGCCUGUUCUUUCCAUACAUGCUACCUCUUCUCCUCGUCUACAUCGCUGAGUACACCAUCAACCAGGGUGUAGCGCCGACCCUGUUGUUCCCGCUUGCCGACUCUCCCUUCACCGAGUACCGCUCCUUCUACAGCACCUACGCCGUCAUCUACCAGGUUGGCGUCUUCAUCUCGCGGUCGUCGACGCCAUUCAUACGUGUCCACCACCUGUAUCUGCCUUCAUUUCUGCAAAUCGCCAACCUGAUUCUCCUGACUCUCCACGCCAUGUUCGACUUCAUCCCGAGCUACUACGUUGUUUGUGUGGUGAUCUUCUGGGAAGGCCUGCUCGGCGGGCUUGUGUAUGUGAGCACGUUUGCCGAGAUCACAGACAACGUCAAGAAGGAGGACAGAGAGUUCAGUCUCGGAGCCACCAGCGUGAGCGACUCUGCGGGCAUCUGCAUAGCCGGGUUCGUGAGCAUGGGCGUUGAGGUUGGGCUGUGCAAGUGGCAGGUCGGCCAGGGCAGGAACUAUUGCAAGUUGACGUAGAAGGCGGAUAGCCGUCUUAACAGACAAUUCGAGCUAUUUCAUCUCAACUAUCUUGACCAGCUCUGUUCUUGGCAGCUUGUGCCGCAACGACGGCGAAUUACGCAGACAUAGUAAGACUCGAUCAACGAAAAACACCAAACUUGAAACCAGGUGAUGCCUUUA